AUGUUCCUGGUCACUGUCAGUGGGAACCUGCUCAUCGUCCUGGCCAUCCUCUCUGACCCACACCUCCACACGCCCAUGUACUUCUUCCUCGCCAACCUGUCCAUGGUGGACAUCUGCUUCACCUCCACCACCGUCCCCAAGAUGCUGGUGAACAUCCAGACGCAGAGCAGAGCCAUCAGCUACGCGGGCUGCAUCACACAGAUGUUCUUCUUCAUGCUAUUUGCAGAGCUGGACAACUUUAUUCUGACCGUGAUGGCCUAUGACCGCUUUGUGGCCAUCUGUCACCCCCUGCACUACACGGUCAUCAUGAGCCCCCGGCUCUGUGUGCAGCUCCUUCUGGUGUCCUGUGUCACCGUUGUCUCCUUAUUCUAUUGCACAGGAUUAGGUGUGUACUUUAGUUAUCCUAGUGCCCAAAACUCACAGUCCAACGCGAGGGCCUCGGUGAUGUACACCGUGGUCACCCCCAUGCUGAACCCCUUCAUCUACAGCCUGAGGAACACAGACAUAAAGAAGGCCCUAAAGAGAUUUGGGGGAGGGAAAAUGGCAAGUGGGACAUUGAUUAUGGGCUGA